AUGUGUGACGCCAUCAACUCGACCUUGGCCAGAUAUUGGUGGGGACAGAAAUACGAUGAGAAAAAGUUCCAUUGGAUAAGUUGGCAGAAGUUGUGUACGAACAAGAAUAAAGGAGGUAUGGGGUUUCGAGACAUCAACGCUUUUAACCUCGCAAUGUUGGCUAAGCAAGCAUGGCAACUAAUUCAUGGCACUCAUUCUCUCUUUUAUCGAGUGUACGAAGCCCGGUGUUUCCCCAGUAGCAUGUUCUUAGAAGCCCCAUUGGGCCAUAAUCCUUCAUUCGUAUGGCGGAGUCUUUUGUCUACUAAGGACGUGAUCAUUGAUGGUUUGAAAUGGAAAAUAGGCGACGGUAAGCGUAUUGGUGUCGCUAUGCACAAGUGGUUGUCUCAUAACCCUAUCUUCAAUGGUGAACCCAAUCCUGAGUUGAAGGUUAAUGACUUGAUAGAUGCUGAUACAAGACAGUGGGAUAGAGGCAAGGUUCAUGCAUUAUUCAUAGCCAGAACUUCAUGCAAUUCAUAG